AUGGCUUCGGGCCACUCCACGCUCAGUCUGGAGGACGAGCUGAACUGCCCGCUGUGCCGACAGUUGUACUCCGACCCCGUCAUCUUGGACUGCGGACACAACUUCUGCCGGGAGUGUAUCAGCAAGAAAUGGGAGGCGGAGAAGCUAGCGCGGUGCCCCGAAUGUGGCCAAACCUUCCGGGACAGCAGCCUCAAGUCCAACCGAGCCCUGGGCAAGCUGGUGAAGAAAAGCCGGAAUAUCUCCCUCAACCUGAAAGUCAAGGGCAACAAGCCUUACUGUAUCGACCACGAAGAGGAGCUCAAACUGUUCUGCGAGACCGACAAGAAGCUCAUCUGUGUGAUGUGCCUGGACAGGCGGGACGGCCGCAGCCACAAGGCGCACAACUUCAUGCUCAUCAACGAGGCGGUCGAGAUCUACAAGGACAAGCUGAAGGUGAGCCUCAACACUCUGAAGCAGAAGAAGAACUACUACCAGGAGUUCGAGACGAAGCAGCAGGAGAAGAUCACAGAGAUCAAGGACCAGUCGAAUAAACUGCAGAACCACAUCACGAGCGAGUUUUCCAAAAUUCGCACCGUUCUGGACGAAAAGCAGCAAAGUCUCUUCAGCGACCUCACGGCGCAAGAGAACGACGUCCUCACCAGGAUGGAGACGAACCUUCGCAAAAUCCAGGAUAACCUGAACCGCACGCAGCAGAUGUUGUCCAACGUACAGAAGCGGUUGGAGAACCAGGAUGUGUACGCCAUGCUGAAGGAGGCUCCUCUGGACGACAAGAGUACUGAAGAUGAUUAUCACCCAACGAUAAUGGAAGGCAAUCUGCCUGUCGGAAUAUUUCAAGGACCUGUCCAAUAUAGAGUUUGGAAAGAAGUUGUAGAUGUUAUAAGCCCUGUCCCGGCAUAUCUGACGCUGAACCCCAGCACAGCACACCCUCGCCUCCUGCUGUCCGAAGAUCUGACGGUUGUGUCUUACGGCGACGUGAAGCAGGACGUACCCGACAACCCCGAGAGGUUCGACACCUGCGUGUGCGUCCUGGGAUCGGAGGCCUUCUCGUCUGGCAAGCACUACUGGGAGGUGCAGGUGGGCAGCAAGACUGAGUGGGACGUGGGAGUGGUCAAGGAAUCCAUCAGCCGGAAAGGACACACCACCGCCACGCCAGACGCCGGCUACUGGAUUGUAUGGCUUCGAAAUGGCAACGAGUACAAAGCCACGACGGUACCGAGGACCCGCCUGAAUGUAACUGUGAAACCCAAGGCCAUUGGCGUCUACCUGGACUAUGAGGGCGGGCAAGUGUCCUUUUACAACGUAGACAACAUGACCCACCUGUACAGUUUCCUUGACACCUUCUCGGAGAGACUUUUCCCGUACUUCAGCCCUGGGAUCAAUGACGAUGGAGACAACUCAGAACCGCUAAAAGUCCUCCCAGUCAGAUGUCACGACGAAUAA